CGUGCAUCCUUUUCCGGGCUUUGCUGCUGCCACUGCCGCUGCUGCUGCACCUGUUCACGUCAAUUGCUGUUCCUGCCAAUUCUGCUGUUCACAUUGUGUCUGCUGUUACCGCUGAUUCCGCUGUUACCGCUGAUCCUGCUGAUUCCGCUGAUACCGCUGAUACCAUCUCCUGGCCGCUCCUGAUUAUUCCGCUGAUAUCAUCUGCUUAGGGAUCAGCUACAUCCGCGUUCUUGCUUCACCGCUUCUCCUUCUCCACCUCCGUAUACUCGCAGCUCGUCGCGAUGCCUCUGGAGUUCGAGUUGUGCCCGGGCAGGAAGAUCGGCGGUGAGAACCCGUGUUUCAUCAUCGCCGAGAUCGGUCAGAACCACCAGGGAGACUUGGAGAUCGCCAAGAAGAUGAUCAAGAUGGCAAAGGACUGUGGUGCGGACUGCGCCAAGUUCCAGAAGAGUGAAUUGGACCACAAGUUCAACCGUGCCGCACUCGAGCGGCCAUACACCUCCAAGCACUCGUGGGGAGCAACGUACGGGGAGCACAAGCGGCACCUGGAGUUCAGCCAUGACCAGUACCGCGAGCUGCAGCGCUACGCCAAGGAGGUCGGCAUCUUCUUCACGGCGUCCGGCAUGGAUGAGAUGGCCGUGGAGUUCCUCCAUGAGUUGAACGUUCCGUUCUUCAAGGUCGGCUCGGGAGACACCAACAACCUCCCCUACCUGGAGAGCACCGCCAAGAAGGGCCGGCCAAUGGUGAUCUCGAGCGGCAUGCAGAGCAUGGAGACGAUGCGCCGUGUCUACGCCACCGUGAAGCCGCUCAACCCCAACUUCUGCCUCCUGCAGUGCACCAGCGCCUACCCCCUGGAGCCACGCGACGUGAAUCUGCGUGUGCUCACCACCUACCAGCAGGAGUUCCCGGACGUGCCGGUGGGCUACUCGGGUCACGAGAGCGGGCUGACGGUGACGCUGGCGGCGGUGGCGCUGGGGGCCAAGGUGGUGGAGCGCCACGUGACGCUGGACCGCACGUGGAAGGGCAGCGACCACGAGGCGUCGCUGGAGCCCUCCGAGCUGGCGCAGCUGGUGCUCGAGGUGCGCGCCGUCGAGGCAGCGCUCGGCUCGCCCGCCAAGCGCAUGCUGCCCUGCGAGCAGGCCUGCCACACCAAGCUGGGCAAGUCGGUGGUGGCGCGCGUGGACAUCGCGGCGGGUGCCAAGGUGACCCUCGAGCAGCUGACGGUGAAGGUGGCGGAGCCGCGCGGCGUCGCGCCCGAGCUCAUCUACAGCCUCGUGGGCCGCACCGCCGCGCGCGCCAUCCUCGCCGACGACUCCGUCACCGAGGACGCCCUGCAGUGACGAGGGGGGGUGGGCGGUGAAGGCCGUA